AUGGUAGAAGACAAGUAUAUCGGCUUGGGACUCGCUAUCGGAGGUACGGUCUGUAUCGGGUCGAGCUUCAUCAUCACCAAAAAGGGAUUGAACGAUGCGGCCAAAAGAGGGUUUCAAGGUCAGAAGAAUGCUUCGGACGAUCUGGCUUAUUUGAAGAACCCGAUCUGGUGGACGGGGAUGAUAACAAUGAUCGUUGGGGAAGUGGCGAACUUUGCGGCAUACACGUUCGCACCGGCCAUCCUGGUCACCCCUCUUGGAGCCUUGUCCGUCAUCAUCGGGGCUAUAUUGGCGUCGUUCUUGUUGGAUGAGAAAUUAGGAAAAUUGGGCAUCUGUGGAUGUGCAUCUUGUUUGAUCGGAUCGGUGGUCAUCAUCCUUCACGCUCCGGCCGAUCCCGAGGUCAAUUCGGUUGAUGAGAUCUUGGACUAUGCCACACAGCCGGGCUUCCUCUUCUACCUCGCUUGCGUAGCCAUCUUCUCGACGUACAUGGUCUACCGGGUCGUGCCCAAGUACGGUCCCAAGGACCCCAUGGUUUACCUUUCGAUCUGUUCGCUUGUCGGGAGUGUCUCGGUUAUGGCCAUCAAGGCCUUUGGAAUCGCAUUGAAGUUGACGAUCGCGGGGAACAACCAGUUGACACACGCUUCGACCUACUUGUUCGGGUUGACCGUAUUGGGUUGCAUUUUGGUGCAAAUGAACUACUUCAACAAGGCCUUGGACACGUUCUCAACCAACGUCGUCAAUCCGAUUUACUACGUCUUCUUCACGACUUCGACCAUCAUUGCCAGCGCGAUCCUCUUCCAAGGGUUCAACACGACCGAUGCUGGCAAGACCGUAUCCCUAAUCUGCGGAUUUCUGAUCAUCUUUAUGGGAGUGUACCUUUUGAACUUGUCGAGGGAACCGGAGCAGCCUAAAGGUCAUUCUGCUCUGGAAACCGGUAUGAUGAACCCACGAAUUUCCAUGUCCGGCCGUUUGUCGACGGACGUCAAUUCGCCCCUCUGGUCGGGAGGCGGCGGUGUCACCAGCUACUCGGCCGACGGAAGUCCUCUUGCGGCCGGUCAUGGUCGUCGGUCGUCCUUGUACCGACAACAGAACAAUACGCUCUACUCGUCCUUUGGAGAGGAGAACAUCGGGUUGACGGAUCUCGCCGAAGCCGAUGAUGAGAGCGACGAGGAGCGA